CACGCUAAGUCAACCAUGGCAGACAGAGUCACACAGUUACAAGAUUCAGUAAACGAGUUAGCUGAACAUUUCUGCAAUUCUGUUGGAGUGCUGCAAAUGCCACAGCAACCAGGAGAGCAAGCUGCUGCAUCAGAAAAUGCUAAACUGUUUUCUUCCUUGAUUGCACGUAAAGCAAAAGACAUUGAUGCUCUGAUUAACUCACUUCCCAGUGCUGAUUGCUCGGCAGAAAUUCAAGCAGAAAAUUUGAAACUGCUGGAAAAACAGAAUCAGGAUUUGUCAGCAAAGCUUGAAAGAGCAGUAGAACAUGGAGAAGGUUUGCUGAAAGACAUUCGGCAUGCUUUACACGUGAUUGCGAAGAGUCAGCUGGAAUCUGCUUCUUAUCUGUGACUUUUUCAUUAGCAUAAAACAGAUUUAGACAGGUUGCUUAAUCGAGAUUGUUUUAUUCAGAUAACAUAUUGUACAUACCGUUUUACUGAAGAAAGUGUUCUGAACGUGCAAGAAAGACUUCUAACACAUUUCUGACAUUUUGUUUUGAAAAAUGUUUUUGUUGUGUAAUUUACUAAAAAAAUUAGGCUUGU